UCGCUGCCCCUCUCACGUGACCCGCGGCGGCCGCUCCGCCUCCGCUCCCCCCCCACACUCCCCGUUACGCUGGGUCAUGUGACCGGCGACAGCGCCAAGAUGGCGGCGUCCAGCCAGGAAUCACAGUAGCAUAAAAGAAUUCCUUCUAGUGGACAACUACUGAGAAGAUCAGGACCCAUAAGAAAGAUCUUGAAAGCCAAAGCCACAUUGGACUGGAACCAUGUUAAACAAACCAGUGCUGGUGGAAUCCCUGAUCGUCUUCAGCAUCGUUCUGUGUGUACAUGCAGUGGUGUGGGACCGCUACUCCUGGUGUGCUGUAGCUCUCGCCAUCCAGGCUUUCUAUGUCCAGUUCAAAUGGGACCGUCUGCUGCAGCAGGGGGGAGCUGUGUUCCAGUUCCGCACCACAGCGAACAGUGGGCUCCUGCCUGCCAGCAUGGUCAUCCCCUUGCUGGGGAUAGCAAUGAAGGAGAGGUGUGAGGCUGCUGGUAUCGUGUACUUUGAACGCUUUGGUAUAGUUGUAGCUUCCACUGGGAUGUUGGUUGCUCUAUUUUUGUCUGUAAUUGCUGUUGGCAUCACAAAACCUGUGCCCACCAACACUUGCAUACUCACUGGUGUUGCUGGCAGUAUAAUUAUCUAUACCAUGAAGCACUCUUUGACUGUUUCAGAAGUGAUAGAGGUCCUAGAAGUGCUGCUAAUUUUUGUCUACCUCAGUAUGAUCUUGCUUUACCUGCUGCCUCGAUGUUUUACUCCUGGAGAAGCAUUGCUAGUUCUCGGAGGUAUAAGUUUUGUUCUCAAUCAGCUCAUUAAACGCUCACUGAAUGUAAUCGAGGGCAGAGGUGAACCCAUAGACUUCUUCCUUCUGGUGGCAGUUAUUGGAGUUAUUAUUCUUGGCCUUUUUUUCACUGUUCUCUUCAUUUUCAUGGAUUCAGGUACGUGGAUUUCCUCCAUGUUUUUCCACAUGAUGACAGCAGUGCUAGGCUUAGGGGUCAUCAUGCCUUGGCUUUACCGACUGAUCCGGAGGAACCCUUUGUUUUGGCUGCUCCAGUUUUUGUUUCAGACACAGACGAGGGUUUACCUUCUCGUAUACUGGACUUUUUUGGCUGCUUCAGCGUGCGGCAUUGUUUUCUACCAGAAUGCCAAGAGAUCGUCUGAAUCUAAAAAACACCAGGCCUCAACCAUAACCAGGAAGUAUUUUCAUUUCAUUGUUGUAGCGACUUACGUUCCUGGACUAAUUUAUGACCUCCAGCUUCUCCAUGUUGCUGCAGUCCUGUGUCUGGCAGUGUUCAUAUUCUUAGAGUAUAUUCGGUACUUCAGGAUCAAACCGUUUGGCCAAACUCUUCGGUAUUUGCUGUCUCUCUUCUUGGAUGAAAGAGACAGUGGGCCUCUAAUUUUGACUCACAUUUAUCUUCUUCUUGGCAUGUCCCUCCCAGUGUGGUUGUUCCCCAGAUCUUGUGCCCCUAAAGGUGCUUUGUCUGGGGCAGGAGCAUUGGUGCCCUAUGCUGGGGUGCUGGCGGUAGGGGUAGGAGACACCAUGGCCUCUGUUUUUGGCAGUACCAUGGGGGAGAUCAAAUGGCCGGGCACAAAGAAGACCUUUGAAGGGACAAUGACAGCAAUUUUUAUUCUGAUCUUUGACAGCAAUGUCAACCUGAACUCCAGCUAUGCCUGGAUUCUGGUGUCUGUGAGCUUAGUUUCACUUUUGGAAGCUUAUACAACCCAAAUCGAUAAUUUGCUGUUACCUCUCUACCUCCAGAUCAUGUUCAUGGUUUAGAAGCACUUCCAAGAAUAGAGGUUUCUCCAUUUCUAGAGCAAAGCAGCAACAGAAUAUAUGCACAUCAACCACAGAUGCAAGAUGAUCCAAGCACUGUUUUUUCUUUUGUUUAAAAACAAAUGAGAAAUAAUUCUAUUUAAAAUAAAAGUUUUGUUUCAGUCUC